AUACAGUAAACCAGACAAAUAGAGAUGAUAGGAGAGACUGAACGCCAGUUUUGCACAACUUUUACAUAACAUUGCAUUUGGUUUUGAGUUUUUGUCUCAUAUUUUACUUGUUAUUUAAUUCAUAGUAUUUCUAAAUUCAAAGUUUUCGCACAUUUUUUGUGUAAUUAAUUAAUUAAUUUGUGUUUUUGUUAAUUAAAACAUGGGCUUUAUUGGGAAAAUAGUCUUAUUAGGUAUAGUUGUGGCUAUCGGUGCCGUCCUGUAUUCACAGUUUUUGGCACCUGACCCACCAUUACCUCACAUACCGGAGCUGUGGUUUGGUAAAAAUGCACUUAAAGCCGGACAGGCCAUACCUAAAGACCCGGAGACUAUCAACAAGUUUUCGGUGAAAGUGUCGGACGAAGUGCUCAACGACUUGAAGGGCCGGUUAGAGUCGGCCCGUUAUGUGGAGCCCAUAGCCGGCACUCAAUUUAAUUACGGCUUUAACGCCGAUUACCUCAAGAAAGUGGUCGACCACUGGCGCACACAAUUCAAUUGGCGCACCCAGGAAAAGGAGCUUAACAAAUUCACCCAGUACACCACCAAGAUCAAUGGCAUCGAUAUCCACUUCCUACACGUCAAGCCCU